AGGCGCACACCUCCCGCGGGUGACCCACCCUCCCGCCACCCCAGCCAGCCCAGGAUCCGGCACGCGGGGAAGCGGCACGCUAAGAGCCACCGGGACGAGCCGAACCCGCCGGGCCGGCACCACGGGCAGCGCGGCCCCGCCCGCCCGGGCAGGCGGAGCGCCCCGCACGUAACCCGGCGGCGCCGCUCCCCUCGCUGCCGGCUCCAAGAUGCCGCUUCUCAGCGUGCCCAAAGAAGUGGCCGUGGGGACGGCGGUGCUGGGGGUCGCCUUUGCCGCGGGUGUGCUUGCAGGUAAAAGAUACCCUUCUUUCAUCUUUGGGACGCCGAGUGGUAUGAUCAGGAAAAAUAGUCCUCUCCGGCAAUACAUACUGGAUCACUCCUUGCGGGAACAUCCAAUUCUAAAGAAGCUGCGUCUGCUCACUGCUGAUCAUCCCCAUGGCAGAAUGAUGGUGUCCUGUGAGGAGGCUCAGCUUAUGGCAAAUUUGGCCAAACUCAUUAAAGCCAAGAAAGUUAUUGAAAUAGGUGUCUUCACAGGUUAUAAUGCCUUGAGUAUGGCACUUGUCCUGCCAGAUGAUGGCCGAGUUAUUGCCUGUGAUAUAAAUGAGGACUAUGCCAAAAUUGGAAGGCCACUGUGGAAGGAGGCAGGAGUAGAGCAUAAAAUUGACCUGCGGAUUAAGCCAGCAAUUCAAACACUUGAUGAACUGUUGGCCAAUGGAGAAGCGGAAACCUUUGACUUCGCUUUCAUUGAUGCCGAUAAAGAAAGCUACAAUGAGUACUAUGAAAAAUGCUUUCACCUCAUAAAGAAAGGGGGAAUAAUAGCUAUUGAUAAUGUCUUUUGGAAUGGAAAGGUGCUAAAACCAAGGAAGGAUGACUUGGCAGCACAGAGUAUCCACCGCCUCAAUGAGAAGCUUCUCAGGGAUGCGCGUGUCAAUAUCAGCAUGCUCCCAGUGGGAGAUGGAGUCACAUUAGCAUUCAAGUUGUAACACGAGGAAGCCCAGCAGAUGAGAAAUAUCAAUCAAAUCAUCAGGAAAAAUGGAGGUGGAACAGUAAAAAAAUUCAAUUUAACCUAUAUCUCCACUGGAUAGCAUAGCCUGGGAAAGUAGACUUUAGGAGCAGCUGGAUCCUGAGGGCAACUAAGUAGAGAACAGAGAUUUAUUAUAAGAUCUACUAUGGUUUCUUACUUUAAUUGUAAUAAAGGAAAUAAACUUAUGUGAAAUUGUCCUUGUAA